AUGGAAUCAAAUUCAGGCCAUGUUUUGCCUAAUGUUCUGCAAAAUAACGAGCAAUCAUCAAUUAAGCAUGGAUUAGAUUCAGAGAGAGAAGAACAACCAAAUACUCCAAUUUUUCAAGAAUCAUCUACUAUCAAUUCGGAACAUGAAACACCUAGUUUAAUAGACCAAGAAUCUCAAUUAAAUAAAAGGAAAAGGCAAAGAAGAAGUUAUAGUUGUGGUCCUUGUAAAUUAUUAAAGAUUAAAUGUGAUUUACAAAUACCUUGUGCAUCUUGUAAAAAAUUUAAAAGAGUUAAUAGAUGUUUAUUACAACCUCCUCAACCACCAUCUGAAGAAGAAUUAAAUAAAAUUAAAGAACGUAAAAAAAGAUCAGCUAAUAAAAAAUUGAAAGUUUCAAAUGAUAUUGUUCAUACAUUCAAUGAUAAUCAAAAUUCUUUAGCAAGUUUAGUAACUUCAUUACUGUCAACUUCCAAAAGUUUACAGCUAUCUAAUGGUAAUUAUAAUGAAAGUAGUGAACUGUAUAGAUCAUCUCAUGUAAGGCCGAAUCAUACCUUGAAUUUACAACCCGAGGCAGUUGAAAAAAAACCGGAUCAUCCAAUAAAUCAUAUUUCGGCAAUUGAAAGUCAUAAUCCUAACAAUAGUCAAUAUAUUGAUGAUGACAAACUUUCUAACAACUCACAUACAAAUCGUAUUGAAUUAUUAUUGAAUAAAGAUACUCAAAGAAUUUUUGAAUUGAACAUGGUUGAUAUAAAAAGAAUUAAAAGAUUAUUACCAAAUAAUUUUAAAAUAUUUGAAAAAUUUUAUAAUACUUAUAUAAAUUCAUUAAAUCCUAUAUUAAUUGAUUUACAAGAUCAUGAUGAAAUGUUUAAACAAGCUAAAUUUAUUUAUAAUAAAUUAUUAAAUAUAAAUGAUGAAGAUAGUAUAAAAAAUUUAAGUCAAAUUUUUAAAUUUAAUAUUAUUGAAAUGAGACAUUUAUCAUUAAUGUUUUUAAUAAUGGCUAAUGGUUAUUUAUUUGAUGAAAAUGAAACAAGACCAUUCUUGUUGGAUUAUAAUAGAAUGAUUAAUAAAGAUGAAUUAAUUAAUGAUUGGAUUAAAAUUUCAAGAUUUUUAAAAUUGAAGAUUCUAACUUAUGAAAAUUUAACAGAUUUAAUUUAUUUAAUUGAUUUUUAUUUAAUUAUUAAAAAUUAUUUUUUAUAUAAAAAUGAUAUAAUUGAUAAUUAUUUGGAAUUUAAUAAUUUGUUGAAUUAUAUUGUUUUAAAUAAUGACUUUAUAUCUUUGAUUGAAGAUCCUGUGGUUGAACCGUUGGAGGAUUAUGCUGACAACAAUAACGGGAAUGAUAUAAACAAAAAUAAUGAUUAUCCAGAAUCUGCUGAAUUCAAAAUAUUAGCAAAAUAUUGGAUACAAAUUAGAUUAAUUGAAUUAGAAUUUACAUUUUUUCAAGUAAAAGGUUCUUUAAUGGUAUCAAAUCAAUUAAAAAAUACAGUUGUACCCCAUAAAAGAUUAUUAAGUGUUUUAUAUGGACCAAAUGCAAAAAAUGUUGAAUGUGAAUUAAGUAAACAUUCAAUAAAAAUAUGGGGUUUAUAUUAUAAAAAAUCUGGUCUUUCUACAUCUAUAAAGGGAAUUAUUAAAAAUUAUUUGGAUUUGUAUAGUAAUGUAUCAGUUCUUUUAUCAAAAGAAUUAAGUCAAGUCGAGAAUGAAUUUAAUAAAUCGAAUAAAAGUAUAAACCAUGAAGAUGUUGAAUUAUUAUUAAAAAAUCAAAAUUUAUUAUUAUUAUCUAUUAGAUGGCUUUCAUUUAUUAGAAUUGAAUCAAAUUAUUUUCCAAGUUUAAGAUAUGCGUCAUAUUUUACAACAAUGAUAAAUUUAUUCAAUCAUUUUAAUUUAUUAGAUGAAAAAAUGAGACAAAAUGAAAAUAUUAAUGGAAUUUUAGAUUUUAUAAUUGAUAAAUUCCCAUUACAUUUUUUAAAGAGUUUUUUACAAAGUUUAAUAUAUCAAGCAUUAUUUUUAAUUUUAAUGAAAUUUUUCCUAUUUAAAAUUGAUGAAAAUAAUAAUAAUAAUGAAUUCAAUAGUAAUUCAAAUUUUAAAAUUAAUUUAUAUAAAAUAUAUCCAAUUAUAUUAAAUUCAUUUCAAACAACAUUAAAUAAAUUUUUAAAUAAUAAUAAAUUUCAAAAUUUAACAUUUAUACCAUUUUUUAAAUCAAGUCAAAAUAUUUUAAUUGAAUUUAAUCAAGUUUUAAAUGAUCAAUCAACUUCAUUACAAUCAACAACUUUAUUAAAUUUAAAUUAUAAAAAUUAUUUAAAUAAUUAUGAAGAUUUAACUGAUUUAUUAUAUAAAUUAAAAGCUAUUAUACCACAAGAAAAUUGGGAAUUUUUAAUUAAUUUAUAUUUUGGUUCAAGAGAUAAUUUUUUUAGAUAUGUUGAAAAAGUUUGGGAUUUAUUUCAAUAUUUAAAAAUUGAAAAUGAUAAUGGAGAUAAAAAUACAACGAUAAAUAAAGAAAUUUUUAUUACUCCUCAAAUUAAAUUUAAUGAUCAAUUUAUUGAAGAACUUAUUGGAAAAUUAAGUGGGUUUGAAUUUAGUAAUGAUGUUGUUUCUGAUUAUAUGAAAUUGAAUGUUGAACCAAAUACUGAUGAUUAA